UGGGAGUCUCUUGGGGAAAGGACAGACCUGCACUUUUGGGAGAAUGGGAGAAGUUGGGCGGAUAGUGGUGUUUGUGAUGAUUUUCAUCAGCUGCAACGCCCUCCUGGAUCUGUCUAGUGUCCACCAGGUCACGGGCACAUGGAUGGGAUCCACCACUGUUCCAUGUACCUAUGUGCCUUCAGAAGGUUUCACGCAGCAAACGCUCAGGUGGAGCGUGGAGAGGGACUCCAGCACCUCUACCAUCUUCCUGAGGGACGGCUCUGGUGACCACAUCUUGCUGUCUAAAUUCCGAGGCCGAGUCAGUGUCCCAAAGUACAGCCCAGGGGAUGCCUCACUCCUCAUUCAGAACCUUGAAAUGCCCGACAGUGGACACUACACUUGUCAAGUCGUCUGGAGGUCUACAGAUAACAGCUUGAUAACAAAAGAGGUGACCACUACAGUUAAAGUUGUCAAAGUGGCAGCCACCAAGCCCAUCAUCAGAGCUGGAGAGCCGGGGCUGACGCUGCCGGCCGGAGCCAGCACCAGCCUGACCUGCGAGGCCGGCGGCUCCCCUCCCAUCAGCUACCGCUGGUUCCGGAGCGGCCCGGCGGGCAAAGCCGAGCUCCUGAGCACCGCGGCUGAGCUGGCGUGGCCCAGCCUGCGGCCCUCGGACAGCGGCACGUACUUCUGCGAGGCACAGAACAGGGCUGGGGCCGGGGCCGUGCAGCGCAGCGAUGCUGUGCAGCUGAGCGUGACAGAUCUGCCCACAACAACAGCGGCCUUGCAGAGGAGUGGGGGAACCACGGGGGGACACCACUCAACCACCGGUCAGGAAGGCAGUAGUGACACGGAGCACACAGUGACAGAUCCAGUCCCAAUGACACGGGUCUCCAGGAGGGAUACUGCUCCAGUGGGGCCUUUCACAGACACAGGUUCCCCGCGGCUCGCACCGUCCCCGCUGCUGUACGGGCUGCCGGCCGCGCUGGGCGGCGUCGCGCUGGGCGCGCUGCUGGCGGCGGGGCUGGGCUGGUGGCGGCGGCGGCGGAGGAAGGAGGAACCUCUCUAUGAAGUUGCUUUCCGCAGCACUGCAGAAGUCGCCCUGCUGCACCCUGAGGUGGAAGUCCCUGUUAAGUGCCUACAGGAGGAAACGUGCUCUAGCACUGAAAAGAUCACCGUGAAGGACAGGAAAAGCCCUGAGUAUGAGAACCUUGUGACUGCAAUGGAAUCUCAAUAUGAAACAGAAGGAAUUUAGUAGAGUACCAGCUUUUCCACAUAAGCAGCCAUGCAGGGCUGCAGGUACCAAAUAGUGAACUUAGCAGAAGGAAACUCCUCCUCCUGUUGUCCCUCUGUUCUGCUCUCACUGCUUGCUUUAACCCAGAGGAGUUGCAAAACCUUUUGGUCUUUGGCAGACCAGGCCCUGCCUGCGGGAGCAGAAGCCCCAGCCAACAGUUUGUCUACCCACUUCUACAGAGCAAGUUGUUUCUGAGCAACCUGAAGGACCCAGGGCAGGAAGAGAGGAUCUGAAGGAGUGAUAACAUGAAGUUCUUUAGCCUGUAAAUCCAGGAGUAGUUGGUGCAAUGUUGCCAGUCAGUAACACUAGCAAGGGAUACUCUCCCAUGUGUUCCUGUUAAGACAUCCCAGGCUGCAAGGAACCAGGAUUGUGCUGGAAAUGGAGAUCCUCUGGCUUUUGCAGCUCAGCAAAUACUGGUUGUACAUCCUG